GAGAAUGCCUAGUGCAUGGAGGAGGCCCGAGAUAAUGCCUGCAAUGACAUGGGCAAGAUGCUGCAGGUCCUGCUCCCUGUGGCCACCCAGAUCCAGCAGGAUGUGAUCAAAGCCUCUGGCUUCGGUAAUGAUGGAGAAGGGGUCCUGAAAUUUGCCAGACUGAUACAAUCUUAUGAGUCCCAGGAUCCAGAGAUUGCAAACAUGUCCGGGAAGCUAAAAGCCAUGUUCCUGCCUCCAAUGACACUGUCCCCACACUGGGCUGGGACAGGGGGUGUGGCUGCCUCCUGAAACUGGAACCCUCUGCUGGCCCUCCUGGUCGAGGUUGCAUGACACUCAGUGUGUGAGAGAUUUUGGCUAGUUGUAUUCCAGGACUGCUCUCCACCGUUAUCAUCAAUGUGCUGCAACUGGUCAGAAGAGCCACCUGCUUCCUGGAAGCUCUCCAGAAACCGGCUUCUUAGUGCAUCUUUGGUUUUUGUGCUUGUGAAUAAAAGCUGCUUUGAAAAUGUCAAAAAAAA